AUGAAUAGAUUAGUAAAAUUGGAAAAAAAUACUAAUAUAAUUGAAUAUUUAGAUGAAUUAUUAAAAAUAUCUGAAGCUUUAAAACAUAAUCAACUUUUUACAUCAGAUUCUUCUAAUCUAUUUUCACAAAAUCUAAAUACAGAAAGAGAAAUAUGUAAAAAUUAUAUUAAUGAUAAUGGUCCUAUUCAAUUAGAAGAAAUUGCAGAAAUUGAAACACCUGAAAAUCUUGAAAUUUUUAAUAAAUUAAAAAUUGAAAUAGAAAUAAUUGAUAUGGACAUUAUAUUAAAUUUAUUUGAAACUGAAAAUGAAUUAUAUAAAAAAAUCAUCAAUUCAAAAUUAUCACAAGAAAAAAUUAAUAAAUUAAUUAAUUUUGCACAAGAAAGAAUAAAUAAAUUUGAACAAAAACAAUAUAAUGAUUUUAAUAAUAUAAUAAAUAAUUUAAAUAUUAUAAAAGAUUUAAAUAAUUUAAAUGAUGAAAUAUCAAGUGAUAAAUAUUUAUCUGAUAAUCAUAAAAAACUUUUAUUAUCAACAUUACAACACAAAAAAAAUGAUAUACAACAAAAUUCAGAAUUUGAAUUUUUAAACAAAAUAAUAUCAGAAGAAAAAGAUAUUAACAAAUUAGAAUCUAAUCUAAAAACAGCAAUCAAUGAAUCAUCUUUAAAUGAUAAACAAAAAGAAAAAUUAGAAAAACUUAAAUUAGAAAAAAUUGAAAAUCUUAAACCUACUGAAAAACCAGAAAGUAUUUUAUUUGAUGAAUUAAAAAAACAAAUUGAAAAUAUUGAUUUAUCAAAUGCAGAAAAAUUAUUUGAUGGUAAUGAUUUAUAUCAAACAAUUAUCAAUUCAAAUUUACCAUCAAAUGAUAUUGAUAAUUUAGAAAAUUUAAGAAAUAAAAAAUUAAAACAAUUAAUAAAUAAACAAUAUAAUCAAUUUGAAGAUUCAUUAAAUUCAUUAGAAUCUGAAGAAGAUUUGAAAAGUUUAAAAAAUCAAGUAAUAAAUAAUAAAUUAUUGCUAAAAAAUCAAAAAGAUAAUUUUAAAUUUGAUAAAAAAUAA